GUAGUGGGGGUGGUGAAAUGCAAACCUGUGUAUUGCUUUAUAUUUAAUGACUGAAAAGAAAGAGAGAAAGCGACUUGUGGGUUUGUCAUCUCUUGCUUAUCCUCUCCUUUCUCUUUCUCUCUCUUAAUCAAUUGGAGCUCAAUAUCUUCCAUCUCUUUCUUUAAUGCUGCUUCAGCAACUUCAUCUCCUUAAUAACUCUAUGUCUUUAAGCCUUUAGCUGAAUAAAGAAGAAGAAGUAAUUCGGUCAUGGAGGGAUCUCAGUCUACAGAGAUGGAGUCGGAUAUUUCAGAGGUACUUAAAGAAGAAUCUCAGGCAUCCAAGAAAAGAAAGGUGGCUCAGAAGACUGUGGUCACAGUGAAGAUUGAAACAAAUGAUGGAAAGCAGAAAAGUGAUCCUUCUGAUCGUUGUUCGUGGCGGAAGUAUGGGCAAAAACCCAUUAAAGGAUCUCCGUAUCCCAGGGGUUAUUACAGAUGCAGUACAUCAAAGGGUUGUUCAGCCAAAAAGCAAGUAGAGAGAUGCAGAACAGAUGCUUCAAUGCUCAUCAUCACUUACACCUGUAGCCAUAAUCAUCCAGGCCCUGACCUUGCUACCACAAACCUUACCCAACAGGCAAAAGAACACCAAACCCCACUUCCCGAGGACCAUCCUACAACCCCAAAGGAAGAACAAAAACAAGAGCAACAAACCCUCAUUAAAGUUGAAGGAGAGGCAAGUGAAGAUCACUUCCACUACUCCAAGUCUCCAUUCAAUACCUCCCAAGACAUUACAAUCAAUCAAGAAGAAAACCUGGACCUGGAGAAUACGUAUGACUCACCAAGUGUACUCUUUGAUACAGAGCCCCUCUCUUAUCCUCAGCUAAUGACCUUUACAGCACCCAAAUCAGAAGAAAAUGACUUCUAUGACGAGCUUGAAGAAUUACCAUCAUCUUCAUUUUUCUCAAGCUUCAUAAUGAGCAAUUUCUUCGAGGAAAUGAUUCUUGUUCAUCCUUCUUGAUCCAAGUACUUCUAGUAAUGUACUUACUUGUUUAUACAUAAUCUAUCCACUGGCACUGUAGUUCGUUGGCAUCUUCAUUCAUGGAUCUUUCCAAGAUUUUCAGGGACUUAUUUUGUUUCUUCCAAAAACACUUUAGGGCGCUUGACCAAGAAUGCCAGAUAUUAUCUCCAAAGUAAUCAAAACUUGUCAGUCUACAAAUAAUUGUCCUUGUUUCGCUUUACUUCAAAGAAUAAUGAGGAU